AUGGAACACCUGUUUAUGCAGAUCUUCGAGCGGAGGGACUGGAUUGCGAGUCAGCUAAGGCAGCAGGAAGAGUCCUAUGCCCAAUCCGUCGCCUCAAACCUGCUGGCCGCUGGCGGGCUUCUCCCCCCUUGGCUUUGGAAUGCUGCUGCAGAUCCGGAUGGGUGGAAGAACCACCACACUCAAGGUAUUCGGCUGGUUCCUAUACAUCUUGGUUUUUUCUACUCGAUGUGCCCUGCCUUUUGUUGUACGAAAUUUCCGAACUGGGUUCAACACCGGGGGUGAGUCAGUGAACUGAGUUUCAUUGUUCAGCGUUCUCAGGUCUAUGGUUACGCACAGCUUUAAUGGCUUCUUGGAUCCUUUUGUGCGUCUCACUCCUGAGAUCAUUUACUUGUACAGUAAUGUCGGCUUGUUUAGUGUAUGAUACGCCUCGACGUCAUUUAUUUGGUUUCUUGCAUGGCAACAUGAUCUUCUUGGAAUUUUUGUUUCCAUUUCAUGACUAAUGUCGUCAGUUACUUCCUUGGAGUCACCUUGUAGUCCACCGAAUCUUCCUUCACUUAUGAUUUUUGUUUGAUUACGAAUAUCCAAAAUCUUUGAUAUUUGACUUGAUUUCUUUCCCUAGGGCCGCCAUAAACCUGACCAAUGAAUCUGUUUGCUUGCAUAAUGAAACAGUUAUAAGUAUGACACUUAUAUGUCUGAUGUAUUCUCAGGAUAUCAAGAAAAUGUUUUAGGUUGUAUACUGCAUAGUAGAUAGUAUUUUCUUAGCUAAUGUCCAGCAUUACCAUUUUUAUUAAUCUGCAACUGCCAAUUCCCAGGUCUUGUUCCUGCCAUUUAUAUCUUCAUUCCAUAUGAUGCUUUCAUUCCCUAGGAUGGUUUCGAAACUACAUUUGGGGACUGUUAGAGGAAAUCUGUGGUUAUUUAUUCAUCACACAUGCUAUUCAAGGAUAAUUUGGACAUAUCCAAACUUAGCCGCAUAUGAAAAUAAAUUCCCUUCAAUUUAUCUUAUUUUCUCAUGGUAUGUGAAUACCAUAGACUAAAAACCUACAUACCUGCUUUUUCAGCAUAUGAAUUUCAUAUAUCCUGAUGCCAAAAGAAAACUCCAGAUUCGAUGUUCCAAACUCAAUGCAUUCCCAUACCUUGGGCUUUUUUUAAAGUUUUUGAUUGAUUUUCCUCUUUCUGCAUGUUAUGGUGCAGGAUUGAACAGGGAUCAAAUGAUUUCUGGGAUUCUUUACAACCUUCCUCAAACUACGACUCCAAUUAAUCACACUGCAUAUUAUGCCCACCCUUUUCGAAAUGAUGCUAAUGGCCUUCAAUCCAGGAGCUUUGACACUAAGGACUAUGAUUUGGGUGAUUUUCAUAGAUUACGAAGCAUGCAAAGUAGUUUCCGUGAGUCCUGUGCUGGUGAGAAUGACAAACCAGAUAUUGUUAUGGAUUCAUUUGAUAGGCUGCAAGAGUCCUGCCUUGAGCAUAGGAAGAAAAAAUUUAAGCCUUGUAAUAGAGAAAAACUUGAUGAUGAUUUGAGAAAGCAGAGAAGUGCAUAUACUGGUAGAAUGACAAGGUCUAAAUUGGCCUCCAUGAAGACCUAUAAUGCCGAAGUGCCUUUGGAUCUGAAGAGUUUGCCCGGUGAAAUGGUUGAUGAUAGAAAAAACAGCAGCUAUGAUAGUUCUGCCGCAAGGUUUACAUCAUUCCCUCCAAAGGACGACGGUAAGUACUCAUUGGCUGAACUAGCUGGAACCUCCUCACAGGCAUUUGAACACAGUCAAGAGCCACACAGACUAAAAGAAGAGGAAGUUAACCUGUCUAGUCCAUGCCAAAAAGGUCCUUCGGGAGAGUUGCAUGCAAGUGAGAACUGUCAGGUGACAGAGGUAAGGAAAAGAUAUAUUUCUGCCAUCUAUAAUAAGAAAUGGCAUUUAUUUAUAUUUCAUGGAUAAUAUUAAAUUGCAUAGCUAUUAGAAUUUUUAAUUUUUGUCGUUGUUGCACUUUGAAUUUAAAUACUAUUUUACUUUAGCGUACUUUUAGUUUCCAUAUGCGUUAAUUAUGAGGUUUGCUCGUCUUUCAAAACAUACUGUUUCUUGGCGACGUUUGAGGACAUGAAAAACUCUUAUGUAUCUUGGGUUUUUAACUGUCAUUUUUACAGAGGAACCACCAUCAGAAAGCGGGAGAAGACAGGAUGUCCGCUUCAUUGUUUCCAAAUGUACUUGCAGAUAGUUCCAUUGACGUUCCUGUUGGAAUCCAAGCAGAUAGCGAUUUUUCAAGUUGUGCAAUUUCUCUGGGGGAAAUCAAUGAUACGGUUGGAUCAGUUGAUCGCCAGAAGGAGCUUGUUACUGAUGAAGAUACCCCAGAUUUGCCAGAUCAUCAGAACACUUCACGAGAUGGAUGCUAUGAAUCGACAUUCAUCGAAACAGUUGCAGUUGCAGUUGCAGUUGCAGACAAGGAGAAUUCAAAUGAAGAAAUGAACCGUUCAACUGUGCUUCCUUCAGAGUGUGCCUCAUAUUCUUGUGAUAGUGACAUGGCCAUUUCUGAUGAAACUACCCCAGAAUUUGAGGGAUUUAGCAUUGAAAAACCUAUGAUGCAAAAUGGGUUUACCUUUGAUCAUCCAAAUCUUGAGAAACUCACAAGUGAGAGAGCUGCCAUCCUUGAGCAGCUUCACAGAUCUAUGAAUAGGCUUGAAGAGAGUUCUAUUGAUGUUCAUGUUGGAAACCAAUCAGAUCAAGAUUUCCAGGGUGCCAUUCCUCUUGAGGAAAUGAAGGACACAAUUGGAUCAGUUGCUUGCAAGAAAGAGUUUGCUACUGAUGAAGAUGCUAUAGAUUUGCCAGAUGUGAAUAAGACUUCAACAAAUGGACACUUUGAGUCUGUUUGCGUUAGAAGUGUUGCAGGCGAGGCGGAAUCCAAUGAAGAAAUGAACUGUAAUGACACAAAUGGAUCAGCUGUUGUUGAGAAAGAGCUUGUCACUUAUGAAGAAUCUGUUGAUAUUCUAGAUAUUCAGAACAUUUCAGCAGAUGGAUGCUUUGAGUCCACUUGCAUAAAAAAUGUUGCAGAAUCAAAUGAAGACAUGAACCGCCCAAUUUCGACUCCUUUAGGGGUUACCUCAAAUUCAGAUGACAGUGAAAUCGUCAUUUUCAAUGAAAUCGCUCCGGAGUUUGAGGGGUUCAGCAUUGAGAAUCCUAUUGUGAUGUCCGGAUUUAUUUUUGAUGAUCCAAAUCUUCAAAAGCUGACAAAAGAGAGAGCUACUGUACUACAGCAGCUUCAGAGAUCUAUGAAUAAUCAUGAAGUGAGUUCUGUUGAUGUUCAUGAUGGAGCAGAAGAAGAAAUUGAUUUCCCCAGUCGUGCGAUUCCUCUGGGGGAAAUCAAUGAAUCAAGUAGAUCCGUGAUUCAUCAGCGGGAGAUUAUUACUGAUGAAGAUGGGUCAGAUUUGCCAGAUAUGCAAAAAGGUUUAACAAAGGGAUCCUUUGAACCCAAUUGUGUGGAAAGUGUUGUAGAUGAGCUGAAGUUAAAUGAAGAAAUGGAAUGUCAAACUCUGCUUUCUUCUGGGCGUCCAUCAUAUUCCGACGACAGUGACAUGGUCCUUUCUAGGGAAACUCACAAAGUUUCAUAUGUUUGUAAGUCUUUGCCUGCUGAAAAUAUGAGGACCAUGAGCAUGGAUGGUCAUCAUCUAAUUUAUGGUACCGAUAACAACAUUCUUCCUCCCAAGGAUGACAAUCUUGCUGCUGUUUACCAGAACACAGUGGUCAACUCUGAUGAUUCUUUCUUAAGGAGGUCUGGUUCCCGAACUCUUCCUUUGUCAAGCUCUCAAAUUUGUCAAAAUGUUAUUACCAGACCUCCUUGUACACCUAUUGAAAAGUUUUCUCAGAAAGCCUUUGUGGAGAGAAAAGGAUGUGGGUUGGACCGACUGGGUUCCAAUACAGGGCUCACGUGUUUCCCAAUAGACGAAAAUAGCGGAUCACUCAAAGAAAAUGUGUAUGCUAGUAAAUUUCGGACUACUUGUAACAAGUUGUUCGGCUCAAGGGACAAAGAGUUCUCUGUCAGUAGAGAACCGCUUGCCGAUGUGACGUCAAUUUAUCAGAAUGCUGCUACAAUUGUUCCAAAAUCAGAAAAAAAAAUAGACAGAUCUGUUCUUGGCUCUGUGAAAAAGGAACUUUACCUUCCAUCAAAGAUGAAUGAGGACAAAAAUCAAGAUGAUAUUCGUGGUAGCUAUACUACAUUGAAAGUAGAUAAGAAGAAGGAUGUGUCCCUUUCAGUGAGCGGCAAUAAGGAACAGGAAGACGUGGAAGCUCUUCAUGACGUUCCAAACAAGAUACCUUUGAAAGCCAGUGAACAGAAAAGAAGCCAAGCCAUUUUAGAAAAGAAAACGAUAAAUAUUGUCUCUAACGUUCAGUCUUUUAUUCCACUAGUACGCCAAAAGCAGCAAGCUGCUGCGGCACCUAUCACAGGUAAUAAUUUCAAUUCCUUGCAUUGUUCUACCUCUCCAUAUAUUGAACUUUAUUUUAUUCAUUAUGAUGAUGUGAUAUUCUUUAUUAUGAUGAGACUUUGUUCAUUUAUAAAGUUAGCAAUCUCUCUCUCUCACUCACUCCCUAUCUGUACUUCAGAAAUCACCCCUACAUAGAGAGUUGUGCUUUCACUCUACUGAAGUAGAAAGUGCAAAUGUUUUACUCUUCCACCCGCUGGGCUUGCUAUAUGUGCAUCUUUUGCAACUGCUAAAAUGAAACGAUAUUUCUUAUUAACUUACAAAUUCGAAGAUUGGAAAAUUAUAUGCCCCCUGGCAAAAAAAAAUCCUACUUAUUUAUUUUCAUUUUUACCUCAUUUUGAGUUAUUUGCAUCGUCUGUAUUUUCUGCAAUCAAGAUUUUCGUUUAGUUAAUUUCUUAGUUCAAACUGUUGUCAUGGUAGAAUAACUAGGUGUACCAUCCCCCCCUAAAAAUUCCUAAUGUGAGCUAAGCCGUUGUGCAUAAUGCCCCUUAUAUUUUUGAAAACUCUGAAGUUUUCUCCCAUAUUAUUGUGGCUGCCUAAAUUCCUACAAUUGAUUAUUUGUGUCGGAUUAAGAUCCUAUCCCUCAUUCACAUUAGGGGAAUCCAAUGGGUCUCAAGCCUUGUCCAGAGCACUAGGAACUGGGCUCGAGCAUGUUUUCUUAUAGCCCAGUCCUGGUCUGCCCUGGCCAGCAACAAGCUUGGACGGGGACUGCCAACAAUGGCUCCCGAUGUUAAUUCCCUGUUCCUUUUUUGUUUCCAGCGACUCAACGAUGCUGUCUCUUUUAUAUGCAUUCAAUUUAGCAUGUGAAUGAUGCUUAAUUGGCGGCCAUGAUUAACUGCAACACAACAAUUCAUGCUGCUAUUUAUGUUUCACUCAAAUUUAAUUUCAAGCUUGUAAAUCCAGGGUCUUAUUUUCCUUUUGGUUCACAUUUCGUCAUAGCAUUUAUUUUUUCUCGUUUAUUCAAAUGAGAAGUUCGAGUGUAUUAGCAUGCGCACGUCUCUCCAAAAGACGUGUUAAGUGUUUCAAGUUUCUGAAAUAUAUACAGAAAGACAAUAUCCACUCGAAAAUUAAAACACUGUAUCCUGGCCAGUUUUCGAUGCAUUGAAUCCAUAUUAUGGCACUCCAUGUUACCUACGGAAUAUUCAACAUAUAGAAGAAUUUGCAUUAGCAUUUCCCUUGCAUGAAAUAUUAUUUCCUCCAAACACAUGGUUCGUGAUGAUUAAAUAUAACCGUGGUUCACAGUGGUAUUUGCACUGGUCAAGAGAGCGGGAUAUUCUGCUAGGUCAGUAAAUAUCAUGUUAAGUGAUUUUUAGGUGAUAUAUCUAGUGCGGGCUAAGAUUGGACAAGUGGAUUUCUGAUAUUUUGCUGUUAAUGUUACCUUCCACAUCCAAAAGUGCUACUCUGUAUGAUUGGGACCACCCAGCAUCAUAAAACUAGAAACCGUUCCAAAUUGUGCAGGUUGCUGGUACAUCGUACUUCUUGUUUCUCACGAAGGAUGUAUUUCUGUCCGUUAAUUUGUUAAUAUAUAAUACCUUCAAUCUGGUAUUUGAUGAAAGAUUCAUCCGUGUUUUAGGGUUAUUAUUGUUGAAGUUAAAUGGAAGAAAAAAUUAUCAGCCUGUGAUAUAUAACACUCAGAAUUUAUUGCUUUUGUUGGAAAGCAUCUUUGAAGUUAUCUUCAUGGUCGUUCUUUAUUCUUCAUUCUUGAGAAUACUUAAUUAUGCAAGCACUCAAGAUCAGCUCUCAUCUUGUGUCACUUGAAAAAUAAAAGUGAUCGGACGUCAACUCCUGGGGUAUUUCUAGUUGUUUUGUAUGGUUUCAUGGAUCUUUCGAGUUGGUCUUUUAGGAAGAAGAGACAUUAAAGUGAAGGCCUUGGAGGUUGCUGAAGCUGCAAAACGCCUGGCAGAGAAAAGAGAAUGUGAACGUAAGAUGAGGAAAGAAGCAGUCCGACUUGAAAGGAUAAAAUCAGAGCAGGAAAACGCCAGACAACUAGAGUUGAAGCAAAAGCAGAAAGAAGAAGAUUGGAAGAAGAAGGAGGCGGCCAUGGCUGCUAGGAAGCGGCAAAGAGAGGAAGAAAGGAAGGAAAAGCAAAGGAAGAGAAACUGCAAAGAACAUGAGGUGAAAGAGCUUCAAUGCAGAGCUGCUGUAAUAUUCCUACAUGUUUUUUCCAUUGAUUUGAUCCUCUUACUACUGUUAUUAUUAUGUUAAGGCAUCUUUUUUAUCAUAUAUAGGAUGAGAAAGAACGUCGAAGGAAAGCCCUGUCGGAUGAAGCAACAAUACCAAAGAAAUCAGAAAGGCAGCAAGAUUUUACUGCAGCAGGCCAUGAUUCUACUAAGAUUAUAGAAGAUGCCCGAUAUGAGGCAAAUAAUUCCCAGUUUUGUGGAGCGCCCACGGAUUCUAUGGCAUCGGACAAGGUAUACUUUUUUGGUGCACAUAUUUUGGGCAAGACAAGACCUUCCGAUUGUUGCAUAGUUCAAGAUCUUCUUGUGAAUCUGUUCAGUGGCAUGUGAUGGGCACCGACAAGCAAUCAUAGCAAACAAAGUAGUAAACAAUUCCUAAUGUUUCAUCUCCCAGUAGUUACGAUAUUACUAGAUGGUGUUUUGGUCUGGUUUAAGAUCUUUGGGAGCAUUCGUUGCGUUGACUUCCAAGGGGCAGUCAGAUUUAUCAGAUUCAGCUCUUUUUUUCUGUAAAUUGUCCCAUAUUUGGCGUAUAAUUUACAUCUUGAUUGACUUUUCAUUCAUUCAAAGAUCGCUUCAUGGUAGAGAAACCUUAGGAAAAUGUUUUUUUUGGCCGAAUUUACUUGAACUAACUUAAUUAGACCACCUGAGUCAUCAACAUGGUUUGGCCCAAGCUGACUUGCCGCAGUCUUUCCUGGUUUGGUAGAAGAACCUUAGCAAAAUGUUUUUUGGCCAAAUUGACUUGAACUAACUCAAUUAGGCCACCUGAGUCGUCAACUUGGUUUGGCCCAAGUUGACUUGCCGCAGUCUUCCUUGUUUGGCGCAUGAUUUUAUUCCAGUUUCUCGUUGACUUCGCCCAUUUAUUGUGAUUAUUUACGAGUUGCGUGUCUGCAGCUCAUUCGAUCUUCCAUCAAUCUGCUGCACACACUGCAAGACAGAAACACCAUGUUGAAAGAAAAUCGCCAGUCACAGUCGUAUGAGAUCUCUCCUUAUCGGGACUCUGAUGAUGAGGAACUGCAGGAGGAUAAAAGACAUAAAAAGAAAUUCAUCCCUUCAUGGGCAAGGUAAGGCAGCCUUUCUUCUACAGGAAUUUUGACUUUUUUUAGUGAAUUGAUGACGUCACUUCAAGAACUGAUGAACUGGCUUCAUAGCUUAGGAUGGAGCAAGUGAACUAUUCAUGUGAAUUAUUUUUCUGCAAACUACUUUUUUCUUUGAAUAUAAUGCAUUUAAUAUGAAAUUCUUUUUGGGAGAAGAGGAACCAUAAAAUUACACGAUAUUGAUGUCAUUCACAUUAUUUUCGUUUUAUUUAUCAUAAAGAUAAGCUAGCUAGCUAAUUUACUCCCAUAAAAUUCAUGUUCUUGCAACAGUAUCCUAAUUAUUUUCCUAAAAAACUGACAACUUCCCUAGAAAAAAAUUCAACUCUAUGGAAUCAUCCUGCAAUUCACAUGAUGUUCAUUGCUUUCUGCAUAUCUUGUUGCAGGAGAGAAUCCCUGGAUGGGCAUCUCAUUUCAAUGAGACAGAUGGACCCAAGAAAGAUUUUUUGCCGAAAAAGGUCAUUCAAUCUAAGCGAAGGUAACCUCAACUUCUCUGCUUUCUGGGCUCCAGUUAUCAUGGGUUGACUUUAUAUUAUCAUUUUUUUCUGCCCAGUUCUUCCCUACCGAACCCGGCAGCAGCUGCUUUGACUUCCGCUGCAUUGUGGGCAACUGA